AAUUAUUGUUAUUGGUUCUGAAACCUUAACUUUGAGUGUUUAAUCAUAUACAUACAAUUGUCACUUUCAUAAAGCUGCAUAUUUUGACUAGGUAGUGUUUGGUUCUAUAGUCUACUAGGACGGAGUAGUUAUGUUCUAGAUUCCAAGGAUAGAAUGACUUCGUUCUGUGUUUGGCAGUUAGAACAGAAUAUAACAGAAUAUUUGUUUUUUGUUUGGUUCUGGAGUGAAGCAGACCAAAACAACUCUAUCCUGUGUUUGGUUCCAGAAUGAAUGAAGCGUUGUACGUGAAUGGAACCGGAGAGAAGCGUGUCGCUCAUGAGCCAUUAGGUUUGGCCGUUUUUGGGAGUCGUCAGAUCCAACAUCUGUGUGCGAUAUUUCUAAAUUGCAGUGGCUUUGUUCUACUAAGAAUCAAACCAAACACUCUCAAUGAUGAAAUAGAACAACUCCACUCCAUCGUAACUUAAAAUCAGAUAUUAUCUUAUUUAUGAUGUGUUUGGUUUGUGUAGUCACUCUAUGCUUCAUGAAGUGAUGCAUCAUAAGUUUAUUCCAUCAAUUUUGGUGGAAUCAACUCACUCCUUAUAUAUAUACUAAUUAUUAGCUUAUGAAAAUGAGGUGGUGAUGGAUCAACCCAUUUUAUUCCACAAACCAAAUAAAAAAGUGAGGAGUGAGAAGAAGAUGAAUCACUUCAUUCCUCAAACCAAACAUCCUCUUAAUUCUUCACAUCUCAUAGUUGAUAGUUCGUAAUAACCUUUUUAAAUCUUGUGACUCAACUAAACAGACCCUAAAACAAAUAAACAUUAUUUUAUUUUUUUAUACAAGCUGACGUGUGAUUAGUUUAUCCUUUUCAAGCUGGACGUGUAUUGCCCAUUCUUCUUCCGACUACGACCAGUCCGGCAGCAGCGGCAGCAGCACACGGCGAGCAUUCCGUCCGCCCGUCCGUCCGCUUGCCCCCUCCUCAGAGCUAGCCUCCAAGCUCGCAAUUAUAUAAGCAUCGUCCCUUGCAACUUUCCAGAACUUUUGUCCCCCUCCCUCCUCCACACCUCUCGUUCUCUCCCCCUCCGCCUGCUCCCUCUCAGGAGCGCGCGCGCGCGCGCCCAGAUCUAGGGUUUCGUCCGCGGCAAGAUGAGCAGCCCGCAUGGCGGUCUCGACGACCAGAUCGAGCGGCUCAUGCAGUGCAAGCCGCUCGCUGAGCCUGAGGUUAGAGCUCUUUGUGAGAAGGCAAAGGAGAUUCUGAUGGAGGAAAGCAAUGUUCAGCCUGUAAAGAGUCCUGUUACUAUAUGCGGUGAUAUUCAUGGACAAUUUCAUGAUCUUGCUGAACUCUUCCGAAUCGGUGGAAAGUGUCCAGAUACGAACUACUUGUUUAUGGGAGAUUAUGUUGACCGUGGUUACUACUCUGUCGAAACUGUCACACUUUUGGUGGCUUUAAAAGUUCGAUAUCCUCAGAGGAUCACCAUUCUCAGAGGAAACCAUGAAAGCCGGCAGAUUACUCAAGUGUAUGGGUUCUAUGACGAAUGCUUAAGGAAGUAUGGAAAUGCAAAUGUCUGGAAAACCUUUACAGAUCUAUUUGAUUACUUCCCCUUGACUGCAUUGGUCGAGUCAGAAAUAUUUUGCUUGCAUGGUGGAUUAUCGCCAUCCAUUGAGACCCUCGACAACAUCCGCAACUUUGACCGCGUCCAAGAAGUUCCUCACGAAGGUCCAAUGUGUGAUCUUCUGUGGUCUGAUCCAGAUGAUCGGUGUGGCUGGGGUAUUUCUCCUCGUGGUGCUGGUUAUACCUUCGGACAGGAUAUAUCAGAGCAGUUCAACCAUACCAAUAGUCUAAGGCUAAUUGCUAGAGCUCACCAGUUGGUUAUGGAGGGAUUCAAUUGGGCUCAUGAGCAAAAAGUCGUGACUAUAUUUAGUGCACCUAAUUAUUGCUACCGCUGUGGGAACAUGGCAUCAAUCUUAGAAGUGGAUGAUUGCAGAGAGCAUACUUUCAUCCAGUUUGAGCCAGCCCCAAGAAGGGGAGAGCCAGAUGUAACUCGUAGGACACCUGACUAUUUCCUGUGACGCAAAAGUGAUGUGGAUCAUGCAGAGCGAAGUUGUGCUGGAAUGUUUUGACUUGGACGGCAUGGAAUUCAUGGUUGCUUCUCUGGUGUUCAUCCCGCCCGUCGUGAUCGGUUGACCGCCCGAGCAGGAUCCGGCCUCUCCAAGGCCGUGGCUUCCUGGCUGGUGCCGCCUCGCCCACAGAUCGUGCAGUGCCAUGCCAUGUGGUCUGGGGGCAGGUCUGGGAUUCGUUGGGCGCUCGCUAUUCCCUCGUUUCGCUGUCGCAACCAGCUAAUGCUGUGGGUUGAAGCUGAGAUUUCAGUGGUCUAGGGCCAACAUAAACAAUUGGGCCUCCUUUAUACAUAUAAUAUUUUUAGUAUACAUUUAUAUAAUGUUAUAAUAUAUUGAUAAAAAAUAGUGUGAUAUCAAAAUAUUAUAUCAAAUAAAUUUUACAAUACCUUAAAAGUUUCUUCUAACUUUUUCUGAGGCAAAAUCAUCAA